CCUCAUUCUGGGACUCUGCGGGUUUGUCUUGGGAAUCUCGAGGCUCUCCCAAGGUUCCUUUCUAUGUUUACAUCAUUUAGCAGGGAAGGAUUGUUAAUGACUAAUCUGUGUCCAUGAGGCACAGAGCCAAGGAAGAGAUGCUGCUGCUAGCCCGGAAGGCCGCCUGUGAUCAUGCACAGCACACUAGAACUCUCUCCUCCUCUUCACCUCAUUGUCUCCCUGACUUAUCCUAAUGCGAAAUUGGAUUCUGAGCAUUUGUAGCAAAAUUGCUGGAAUCUGGAGAGGAAGACUCGAUUCAGAAUCCUCCCAGGGCCUUGAAAGUCCAUCUCUGACCCAAAACAAUCCAAGGAGGUAGAAAACAUUGUGGAAGGAGUGAAAGAAGAAAAGAAGACCUAGAGACAUAGCUCAAAGUGAACACUGCUUCUCUUGGGUUCCUGGAUUUCUUCUGGACAUUUCCUCAAGAUGAAACUUCAGACACUUUGGAGUUUUUUUUGAAGGCCACCAUAAAGAAAGUGCAUUUCAAUUGAAAAAUUUGGAUGGGAUCAAAAAUGAAUCUCAUUGAACACUCCCAUUUGCCUACCACAGAUGAAUUUUCUUUUUCUGAAAAUUUAUUUGGAGAAGACUGCAACUUAAAGACAUUAAGGAAUUGCCAGCUGCACACAGAUUGUGUUUUAACAGAACAAGUGGCAGGUCCUCUGGGACAGAACCUGGAAGUGGAACCAUACUCUCAAUACAGCAAUGUUCAGUUUCCCCAAGUUCAACCACAGAUUUCCUCAUCAUCCUAUUAUUCCAACCUGGGUUUCUACCCCCAGCAGCCUGAAGAGUGGUACUCUCCUGGAAUAUAUGAACUCAGGCGAAUGCCAGCUGAGUCUCUCUACCAGGGAGAGACUGAGGUAGCAGAGAUGCCUGUAACAAAGAAGCCCCGCAUGGGCGCGUCAGCAGGGAGGAUCAAAGGGGAUGAGCUGUGUGUUGUUUGUGGAGACAGAGCGUCUGGAUACCACUAUAAUGCGCUGACCUGUGAGGGGUGCAAAGGUUUCUUCAGGAGAAGCAUCACCAAAAACGCCGUGUACAAGUGUAAAAACGGGGGCAACUGUGUGAUGGAUAUGUACAUGAGAAGAAAGUGUCAAGAGUGUCGACUAAGGAAAUGCAAAGAGAUGGGAAUGUUGGCUGAAUGUAUGUAUACAGGCUUGUUAACUGAAAUUCAGUGUAAAUCUAAGCGACUGAGAAAAAAUGUGAAGCAGCAUGCAGAUCAGACCAUGAAUGAAGACAGUCAAGGUCGUGACUUGCGACAAGUGACCUCGACAACCAAGUCAUGCAGGGAGAAAACUGAACUCACCCCAGAUCAACAGAAUCUUCUACAUUAUAUUAUGGAUUCAUAUAGCAAACAGAAGAUGCCUCAGGAAAUAACAAAUAAAAUUUUAAAAGAAGAAUUCAGUGCAGAAGAAAAUUUUCUCAUUUUAACGGAAAUGGCAACCAAUCAUGUACAAGUUCUUGUAGAAUUCACAAAAAAGCUACCAGGAUUUCAAACUUUGGACCAUGAAGACCAGAUUGCUUUGCUGAAAGGGUCUGCGGUUGAAGCUAUGUUCCUUCGUUCAGCUGAGAUUUUCAAUAAGAAACUUCCGUCUGGUCAUUCUGACCUAUUGGAAGAAAGAAUUCGAAAUAGUGGUAUCUCUGAUGAAUAUAUAACACCUAUGUUUAGUUUUUAUAAAAGUAUUGGGGAACUGAAAAUGACUCAAGAGGAGUAUGCUCUGCUUACAGCAAUUGUUAUCCUCUCUCCAGAUAGACAAUACAUAAAGGAUAGAGAGGCAGUAGAGAAGCUUCAGGAGCCACUUCUUGAUGUGCUACAAAAGUUGUGUAAGAUUCACCAACCUGAAAACCCUCAACACUUUGCCUGUCUCCUGGGUCGCCUGACUGAAUUACGGACAUUCAAUCAUCACCAUGCUGAGAUGCUGAUGUCAUGGAGAGUAAACGAUCACAAGUUUACCCCUCUUCUCUGUGAAAUCUGGGACGUGCAGUGAUGGGGAUCACAGGGGAGGGGUCUAGCUCCUUUUUCUCUCUUAUGAUAUUAAUCUGAAGUAUAACUUUUCUUUAUUUCACUUGUACCCAGUUUCACUCAAGAAAUCUUGAUAUUUAUGUUGUAAUUACAUGUAUAACUUCCAUAACUGUAAAUAUUGGGCUAGAUAGAAAGACUUUCUCUACAUUGUAUUUUAAAAGGCUCCAGGGAAUCCUGCAUUCUAAUUGGCAAGCCCUGUUUGCCCAAUCAAAUUGAUGGUUACUUCAAUUCUAUCUGUUGAACUAGGCAAAAUCUCAUUUUGCUCUUCAUCUUACCAUAUUGCUUAUAUUUUAUUAAAGAGUUGUAUUCAAUUUUGGCAAUAAAGCAAACAUAAUGGCAACAGGCUUUUCUUUGGGAACAAAGUUUGAUAAAUAUACAAACUCGUUUCUUUAAAUGUUGAAAGACAUCCUAUUGAAUCUGAGGGGAUAAUUUACAGAAAGAUACUGUCUUUCAUUACGUCAAUGGAACUUUUGUCAUCCCUGAAAAAGUCCUGGUGAAUUUGUAAUAGUCCUCUGAUCAUUUCCUUUUCUUUGAAGUUCAAAGAGAAUAGCAAACAGAAAAGUUAACAAUUUUCACAUAAAAUAUUCCCUCAAGCAAUCCUUUCUCCCAUAGUUAGUCUUGAGGCAGGAUUCACAAAUUCAGAGUAUGCAGCUAACUGCAGUGAUGGGACCUUCCCUUUCCUCUCUUGAAAGUGCUCCAUUGGCUUCAUUGUAUCCAAUCAUCUUUCUGUUUUGUUUUGCUUUUGAAAACAUUCCUACAGCUGGGUGCACAGCUGCUGUAUACUUCCCCCAAAGCAGGAAUUACUUCAUUUCCUUCCUUCAUUGUUACACUGUUGCAUUCUUCUCUCCAUUAUCCUUUGGUGAAUACAAUAAAACACCUUCUAUAAGUAA